AAUGAUGUGGAACUUAUGUUUUCGGAAUGUCAAAUAGUUUUGCUGCUUUUUCAUUGUCUGCGCAUUUUUGCAGCGAUUAAUUAGUGAAAAUUUAAUUGUAAACAUUUAAAAUUACCAAAAAAUUGUAAAGAAAAUACUUUACAAGGCUAUCGAUCACAAGUGAAAAGUAAAUUUGAAGAAUUUAAGCAGUAAAUUAUGCGACAAUAAGAACAAAAAAGAUGUCUUAGAUUUAGCGCAGGCAGCAACAACGCCUUUGGUGAACGAACAAGAGUAGUUGUUGAGUAGAUAUAUUUGUUAGAAGGAGCCCCCACUGAAACCCAACCCUAAAGCAAAAACAAAACACAUUAAUUGUGCAAAGAACGAAAAUUUAUUGGAAAAUCGUUGCUUUAUCACGGCAAAGUGAUUUUUUGAAUUUCCUUUGAUUGUCGUAUUUUAACAAAAAAUAAUAAAAUUAUAUUCCAGAUAAACACAAAUCGAUUUUACAAGUUAAAAAACAAACGAGUAGUGCUGAAAAAAGCACACACAGAAAACAAACAAACAAAUACAUAAGAAUCUAAGUUAAAGAUGGAUGCCGAUAAAAACAUUGGUGGUGGUGGCGGUUGUGGUGGUCAAGAGACAAAAGUGAUCUAUCAUAUUGAUGAUGAAACAACCCCAUAUUUGGUGAAGAUUCCGAUACCAUCGGCCCAGGUCACUUUGAGGGACUUUAAAAUGGUGCUCAAUAAACAAAACAAUAACUACAAGUAUUUUUUCAAAUCGAUGGAUGCUGACUUUGGUGUUGUUAAGGAGGAGAUAGCGGAGGAUGCCACAAUACUGCCAUGCUUCAAUGGUCGAGUUGUGUCGUGGUUGGUGUCGGCUGACGGCACUAAUCAAUCGGAUAAUUGUUCCGAUAUGCCGAACAGCGAAUGUGGCGAGAUACGACAGUCGGUGAGACCAGCACAGCCACCGCCGCCACCACAGAAAAUGGGUGGUGGCGGAGGUGGUUUAGGUGUGGGCGGAGGAAUGGGUGGACUUAUUGGUAGUGGUGGAGUUAUUACGAAUCCUAUGAUGCAGCCGCCGCCACCUCUCACAUAUCAGUCGGCAUCGGUUCUGUCGAGUGACCUGGACUCAACAAGUUUAUUUGGAACAGAAUCUGAGGUGACCUUCGAUCGCGACCUUACAGACUAUAGCAGCGUCCAAAGAUUGCAAGUGCGCAAGAAGCCCCAACGGCGCAAAAAACGUGCUCCAAGCAUAUCGCGAACUUCAAGCUAUUCCUCUAUCACCGAUUCCACAAUGUCCCUGAACAUAAUAACGGUGAACAUAAAUAUGGAAGCGGUUAAUUUCUUGGGCAUAUCGAUAGUAGGGCAGUCGAAUCGCGGAGGUGACGGUGGUAUUUACGUAGGCAGCAUAAUGAAAGGUGGAGCGGUAGCAUUAGACGGCCGAAUCGAACCCGGUGAUAUGAUUCUACAGGUGAAUGACGUAAAUUUCGAGAAUAUGACAAACGAUGAAGCCGUACGAGUUCUGCGGGAGGUUGUCCAGAAACCCGGUCCCAUAAAACUGGUUGUGGCCAAGUGUUGGGAUCCGAAUCCGAAGGGCUACUUUACUAUACCACGUACUGAGCCGGUGCGACCCAUUGAUCCCGGUGCCUGGGUGGCCCAUACUCAGGCUCUUACUUCACAGGACAGUAUUAUACAUCCCGAUAUACCGGAGCCAAUCAAAGAGCGUCUUGAUCAGAACAAUCUUGAGGAUAUCGUAAAGGCAAUGAUCAAACCGGAUAGUGGCUUAGAAAUACGUGAUCGCAUGUGGUUAAAAAUCACAAUACCAAAUGCUUUUAUUGGAGCAGAUGCCGUCAACUGGGUCCUAGAAAAUGUCGAAGACGUACAGGACAGGCGUGAAGCUCGCCGCAUUGUCUCGGCCAUGUUGCGAAACAAUUAUAUUAAACACACAGUCAACAAAUUGACCUUCUCCGAGCAGUGCUACUACGUAGUCAACGACGAUCGCAAUCCCCUGCAAUGCCGCUCCAAUUUAAGCCACGCUGACACCGAAAGUAUCACCAGCGACAUUGGUCCCCUGCCAAAUCCCCCAAUAUAUAUGCCAUAUUCAGCCACAUACAAUCCAAGUCACGGCUAUCAGCCCAUUCAGUACGGGCUGGCAGAACGUCAUGGAUUAUCUUCGGGCUCCAGCAGUUCAGACGUGCUUACCAGCAAAGACAUUUCGGCAUCUCAAAGCGACAUUACAUCUGUCAUUCACCAAACCAACCAAAUGACCAUUGGUCACCAUCACGGCUCAAACAAAUCAUCGGGUUCUUCUAACCGUGGUGGCGGUGGCAAUAUCAACAAUGAACAGGAGUCUUCCGUCUUUAAUUAUGUCUUGUAGGACGAGGAGGACUUCCUCUCGGCCAGACGGCAUAUGAGAGGACGCAACAUAAGGCAGGAACUGCAAUGAAAUUUUUUUCUCUCUACACUUUAUUAUUAUUACUAUUAUUGUGUAUUUUUAUUUUUAUUAUUUUAUUUUCCAUUUUUUACUUCCACUUUAUUUUUAUUUACCUUUCAACUUUUCUAUACGUUUCUACACAGUGAAAUGAAAAACAUGAAACCAGUAUACAAUAUAAUUAUAAUUAAAAUAUUUAAUAGGAAGAAAGUACAUUCAAUAUAGUAUAUACAUAUGCAUACAUACAUAAUAUAACAAAAACAAAAUCAAAGAAACCCGAAAAAAAUAAAUCAUAAUUAUGACUCAAAAACAUAUAUAGUUUAUUAUAAAUACAUAUAUUAAUAAGACAUAUUACAACAAUUACAUACAUUUUACAUUUCAACUUAAAAUUUUAAAACACACACCCACAUACACAAACUUAAAAAAUAUAAAAUAUUUUUCUUAAAGCAGAAAGUUUUAGAAUUAAAUAGUAGUACGAUUUAAAGCAACAAAAAUAUAAAUACAAUGCACAGAUUGUUGACAUGCUUUCAUUCAUCUGGGCUACUCAAAAUCCCUUCCCGGUCUUAAAAAUAAAAUAACGGGAUGACGGACUAAAUUAUCACAUCCAUCUUUAUAAUAGUUUAAUAAGAUUAAAAGUAAUCAUACAAUUUCAUGCAUACAAAAAAACAAAAUUGAAAUUGCAUUAAUAAACAAGAUCUUUUUUGUAUCAUUUAUAAUGUAAUACGUACGUAUAUUAUUAAUAUAAUAUUAAUAAUUGAAAAAUAAAUUUAUAAAAUUAAUUAAAACCAAGAAGAAUUUAGUAAUCAUGAUUUAUAAUAAAAAAUUAUAUAUAUACAACAUAGAA